AUGCGGCUCACGUUCGAGCGCGUGGCGGGCGCGCUGAACCUGCACCGCUGCAAGCUGUGCGGCAAGGUGGUGACGCACAUCCGGAAUCACUACCACGUGCACUUCCCGGGCCGCUUCGAGUGCCCGCUGUGCCGCGCCACGUACACGCGCUCUGACAACCUGCGCACGCACUGCAAGUUCAAGCACCCGGCCUACAACCCCGACACGCGCAAGUUCGACGCGGCGCCGGCGCCCACGCAGCCGCCGCACGCGCCGCUCUUCGCCAAUCACCUCGAGGGCUCCUUCGACUGA